GACAAUUGUAUCAAGAAACAAGAAAAAAAACUAAGAAAAAGUUGAUUGUUUUUAAUAGUUUAUUUGUGUGUUAAAAAUUUUAGCGCGUAAACGCUGUGAUUAAAACAAUAUUUUUUCUUCGUUGCAGACUUGUUCAAAGAAAAUUUUAAUAUUCUGAAAGUGACUGAGACUGACCUUGCUUGGAGAACUCUGCACUGGUCAAAACUGUACAAAUGAUUGGAAAAUUCCAUGAUACGGUGAUGGAUGAAAAAAGUAUGAUGAAGGUAACCAUUGAUAAAUUCUUUCAAUUACAAAAACGUGUCACUAACUCUGAGGUAAUGCUUGGUGGCAGUGCGGAUCGUUUAUGCACACCAAGCACAUCAGCUGGUCCAUUUCGAAUAUUUUCAGUGGCCGGUUUCCAAAAUCGGACCAAUGAUAUUGUGUAUUGUCCACCCAUUAUAAGACAACAAAAUCAAAAUGUUGAAGACUCUACGGCAGUUGUUUACUUUGGCGGUGAUGUACAGGAUUUUCCUGAGAGCAUGGAAACAAAUCGUGACAGUCGGGGUUACAUGAAAUAUAAUUUAGAAAAUUCAGCUAUUUUGCUAAGAGAAGCAUUUCCACGUUCGCAUAUAAUAGUUGUACGUCCAGUGAGAAUGGAAUUCAAGACAUUCAGUUGUUUUGAUAAUUUUGUACGUGGAAAUAAUGCUGGUGUGCCGGAUCACACUCCCAUGAAUCAUGCCUUGCAACAUUUGGAAAAGUUAUUACAAAAUUUAUCGCAGCGUUUGAUUUCUAUACCAGAAAAUGAAAUAUUAGAUCAGGCGGCGCAGGCAGCGGCUGCUGCUGCCGCUGUGGCAGCUGCAGCCGCCGCUGCUGCACUGGUAUCAUCAACACUAUCAAAUGCUUCUUCAGAUUCUUCUUCGUCGUCAUCAAAUGCCAGUGAUAGUAGUCAGGAAAUGGACAUUGAUAUUUUGCAGGUUCAAGAAAAUGUCACUGUUGAUGCUGAUGGUGCUGUUAUCUUUUCAAAUUCUAGUGAUUUAAAUAAUACAACUUCAAAUAAUAGUGGUUCAUCAGUGGCAUGUACUGAUAAUGAUACUUCAGUAGCUGCAGUAGCACCACUAACAAGUGUUACCACUGCUGCAACAGCAGCUUCAACUGGUUCUUCUUCCUCGACAGCAGCAGCAACUAUUACAACAAAUACAACACUACAGCCAAGUGAUGUAACACAGCCACAGCAAAAUAAUGAAAAUAUACAACAUUUAAACAAUUUAAACAAUAGUAACGAUUGUUCCUUACAACAGCAAUCAUCUAAUCAACAACAACAACAGAAUCCUUUGUGGUGGCGUGAAAAUCUCAACUUAGACAAAUCCAAAUUGAUUAUAAUCGGCUUUAGCAAGGGUUGUGUCGUUCUCAAUCAAUUCAUAUACGAAUUUCAUUAUUUGAAAACUUUAACGCCCGAUGAUAGUACUAUGGGACGUUUGUUGUCACGCAUUAAAGACAUGUAUUGGUUGGACGGUGGACAUGGUGGUCAAAAGAAUACAUGGAUUACAUCUCGAAGCUUAUUAGAAACCUUAACUAGAAUGGCCAUUAACAUACAUGUACAUUUAACACCAUAUCAAGUGCAAGACGAUCGGCGACCUUGGAUAAGAAAAGAGGAGAAAACAUUUACGGAUCUUUUAAGACGUUUGGGUGCCCAAGUUACACGCCACUUACAUUACGACAGUCAAACCGCCAAUCUAAUGACACAUUUUGAAGUAUUACAAGCAUUUUGCCAGCAUAUACACAAUCAAAAUCAACAGCAGCAACAACAAUUACACUCUCAACAGUUGCAGCAGCAAGGACAAUUGACACAACAAACACCUAAUAAUGCACAAAACAAUGAGCAACAGCAUCCACAGCCACAAUCACAGGCGUUAGAAGAAAAGUGACAUCGCCACCAUCAUCAUCAUCAUCACCACCACCGAAGACGUUCGAAUCACCAUCAUCAUCACAACUACCAUAAUCAUCAUCACCAUGGUAAAGUGUCUUCAUCAUCUUCUGCAACUUCUUCUUCUUCUUAUCACAAACAAAAACAACACAAGCAACAACAGCAGCAGCAGCAACAACAACAGAAUCAUAUUUUACAUUGUAUUGCUUCAGCAGCUGUUGCAGCAGCUUCAUCAUCUUCGACAACCACUAGUGGUUUAGCAGCAGCGGCAGCAGCUUUAAUAUCACAAUCGACAGUGGCUGCGGUUGCUGCCGCUACGGCUGCUUCCUCAGUUAGCUUAAAUGUCACAUCGCCAACGUCACUAGCAUCGGCUACGGCAUCAUCCGUUACCAAUUCAAUUGUAAAUAUUAAUCAUCAAAAUCAUCAUAAUUUUUUUAAUUAUCAAACCUAUCAAACACCCCAACGUUUUCGCCAUAACUAUAAUAAUACCGCAGCAACAACAACACUAUUAAAUAAUACACAACAACAACAAACGCAACAACAUAUUGCUGCAACUACUACUGUUCAUCAACACCACCAACAGCAGCAACAGCAACUAUCAUCUAAUGCUAUUGUAGGAAUGAAUGCUAAUGCUAAUUCUAAUACGACUACAACUUCUUCAAAUAUUACCCAUCAUGCGCACAACAACAAUAAUAAUAAUAAUACUAAUCAUCAUAAUCAUACUCACCAGUGUAAGUCCAAACGUAAGUUACAAAAGUUGUAUUACACCCUGUGUCGUUGAAUCUCUUGUUUGUUGUUUUUCCUUUUUUAGGCAAUCAAUUAUUUUCGCUUUUAAUUAUGAAUUUCCUUUAAAAAAAAAAUAUGCAUUAUAAGCAUAUUUUCAUGCAUACAUACUAUAUACUUGAGUAUAUAUAAUAAUUUUUAGUUAUUUUUUCAUUAAUUAUAAAUUGAUUCCCUAUUAUAGAUGUUUUUUGUUCCAGUGCAAUAAAAAAUAACAACAUUUUUGUUUUUCUAAACAUUUAUGUAUAAAUAUUUACAUUAAAAAUUAUUUUUUUUUUUACUACUUAUUUAUAAUUACUUGAAAAUUUACCGAAUUGUAAAUGAUUUCGUAUACAUUUUGUAUGGGAAUUUCGAUUUAUAAAACUUUUAUAAAUUUAAAAUUUGUUUAUGUACGUACAUAUGUAUAUGGUGGUAAAUGUUUUUAGCAUUUACUAUAAAAAUGCAGCAAUCGUUUGUUAUGAAUUGAAGUAUCAUAAAGUUUCCCAAGGAAACUAAUGGGUCUAUUAUGAAUGGCAACCGAACUAAAUAUUUCCCUCCCACAAACUAUACUACAGUAUAUUGCAAAUUUAAUCUUUCACAUUGUCAGUUCUAGACAUGCAUCGGUCUACUAUACGUUUUUAUAAACAAGAUUGUAAAAAUUUCUUAAAUUUGUUUGUAAUUCAUUCAAUUUUAUAAAAUGUAAAGAAAUUUCUCAAGAAUUAUUAUGAAUGAUAUCCAAGUAUGGAUUUGUAAUAAUUCAAAAGGCGCUGUAACGAGUAAAAUGGCUUCGAAUGUUUAAUGCCAUUCUGUUAUCAAAUCACGUUAUAGAAAACUUCAGUUUUUAUUUGAACAUACAUGAAAACGAGUUUCCGUCUCUAUGAAAAUAAUGAGAAUUUUAGUAGUUUUAGUUAAAUAUAAAAACCCUAUGGUAAUGUAAUUUCGAAUGUUUGGUAAGGUCGAAAAAGGGAAUAUUGUGACAAUAGGUCUAAGGGCCAUUGAAGCUACAUUUUACAUUUACAAGUUGUAAUAUAUUGACCAUAAAGCGGGUAUUUUAAUUAAAGGUUGCGUUUUCAGACGAUCAUAAGGAUCUAAAAUAUAGCUUUCAGUGUUGUUAAUAAUUUUCCGAAAAUUGAUAUUUGAAAUUACCUCCAAUUUGUUCUUUUGAAUGUCCCUUUUAUUAAUUUUUUUAUAAAAUGUGUUUUAACUUUAAAAGAAUUUCAGACAGGUAUCACUUUUUGACCGAAAUAUGUUGUGAGCAGGUCUUCGAAUUGAUUGAUUUAAUCUGUGCUUAAUUCAGAAUUAAAUACAUAUAUCUCAGCAAUUCAUUCCCUAAAGCCAUUCACAAAUGCUAAUUCUAUAGGAAUCAAACCAUAACAGAAUUCUUAGAGACGAGACGUAAUUAUCAAAAUCCUAAGUCUGUUGUCAAAAACCUAACACCCGCAACAACAAAAUACAUGUUAGUCAAUGUAUUUUGUUGUUGUAUCAGACAUAUAAUUUGUGUUAUAUUUGUUUGACAGAAUUCAUUCAAAUUUUGAAUGAAUUAAAAUGUGCUACACGUAACUACACUUUUCUUUAUUUUACAUGAAAAGCCAAAAACUUAUAGGUACUAAAAUUUUCAACUUAUAAGAAUUUGUUUACAACAGUAUUAAUACACAUGUGUUUGACUUCUAUAUUUUACAUACGAAAGUGUAGUUACGUCCAUUUGAAUUUUAUUAAUAAAGUCGCCGUUUUUGAUUGUAGGAGUCUAAAAGUUUGCUUGAACAAGUAGUUCGAUAAAACAAACAAUAAUCAAUAAAAAAAAAUGUAGUUUCGUAGUAGUUACGUCUGUUUGCAUUUAAGGUUACGAUAUACUGUAUGUAUUCAUAAUAAAGCAAAAAAGUAUAUCGUCCCCUUAAUAAAACAAUAGUAUGUUUAUGUUUGUUUUCAUAAAAUUAUCAAGGAUUUUAUUUUGCCCAGAGUCAAUAUUUUUGUUAAAAUUUUUCCGCAUCGUUAGAAAUGUUAAAUUAAUUUAAUAACAGAGAAAUUCCUCAUGUUGCAAUGGUCUUUUUUCUAUCACUUUGAAAAUUUUUAAAAUGAUGUUAUGUUAUUUUGCAGUGACAAUAUGGGCCAUAUUGAUGUUAAUAGAGAUUUUGAAGAAUCACGAAUAUCACAAUAAGUACGAAUUAGAAUUUAAAAUAACAAACAAAUUCAUAAAAACUAAUUUAUUAACGGUUGUGAGAGCCUAAUAAGGACAUGUAAUUUAUCAAAUAUUAAUCAUAGAGCUUAAUAAAAGAUAAAUACAGUAUGUCAAAAAUUACUUUUCACAUUGACUUAUUAUUUCAUUACAUAUCGUCCCCUCAAUAAAGCAAUAGUGUAUAAGCAUUAAAAAAAAUUUGGUGAAAUUCUACUUCCACAAAGUGUCAAAGAUCAAUUGAAAUAUUGCUUUUGUUCCAGAUGUCUACUAACACAAAAAUUACAAACUCAAUUUUUACGAAAUGGCAAAAAAUUAUAUACUAUUGUUUUAUUAAGGGGACGAUAUACUUUUUUGCUUUAUUAUGAAUACAUACAGUAUAUCGUAACCUUAAAUGCAAACAGACGUAACUACUACGAAACUACAUUUUUUUUUAUUGAUUAUUGUUUAUUAUUUUUUAAAAAAUUAUUAUUUUUUAAAAAAUAAAGUUCUUAACUUUUCGUGCAUGCGUCUUUCACUACCAGACGAUUUGUUGUUUUUCAACACUCUUCAAGUGAAACAAUGUCCUAAUCUUUUUAAGUAAAAACAAAUUUAUGGUUUUUGGACUUUUUCUAAUAACAGAAUUUGUAGAUUAUUUUAAUAUAAAAACCGAGAAAAAUUAGAGUUUAUAAAAAAUACGAACAUCAGUAUGUCCUGAUUCACACACAUCAAGUUUACUUGCACAAGUCUUGAUUGAGUAUAUAGAAGAGAGAGAGGAAGAAAAGCUGAAAAUCUUUCCAAUCUCCUCUCCUCUAAUAUAUCUUCUGCAAACUCCAGAUUUUCUCAAGUAAACUUGAUGUGUGUGAAUUAGCACUAUUUUAAACCCAUGUAGAAAAUCCUGACUGUCACAAAAGUGCAAGGAUGUAAGUAAUUGUUUGAUUACAUUUCAUUAAUACAAGGUACGUUUGAAAAAAAAUAUAGUUUUCGGUUUCCUUGCAAUUAUUUUUCCGCAUAUGUUAUACAAGAAAUAAAAGAGACCUAUUAACAAACAUUAUGAUAUCGAAAUUGUAUCUUUAUUUUUUGGUAAUCACAUGGCAAAGUCCUUAUUAAUUAACUUAAAGAUUUGUAUGUAGAUGACUAUUUACUUUAAUAUAUGAAUGAAUGGAGGUUGUUUCUUAUACUCAGUAAACAAAUUUAAGAAUUUGUAGAAAAAUUGAUUGAUUUUAUUUUAUUAAAAAAAAACAACCUUUUGUGUUAGUGAUGCUUUUAGUUUUAUAUCAAAAGAGAAAAUAGUUUUUUGUACAUUUUCAUUCAUAAAAGAUUUUGAGAAAGAAAAUUAAGAAAAAAAAACAUAAUAAAUUAAGUAUUAAAUAGCUUUUAGGUGAUAUAUUUACAUAAUUAUAAAUAACUUAAAAAAAGUUAGAAAACCUAAGAAAGUUAAACACACAUAAUAAAAUAAUAGUAAUUUUUACAUAAGAUUACAAUAUAUGUAUGGCUCUCUAAAGUUACAUAAUAAUAAUAAUAAUAAUAAAAAAAGUAAUAAGUUUUUAGUAUUGUAAGAUUUUACAAUUUAUUUAAAUUAAAGCUAUUUAAAUUCAAUGAAAAACUGAAUAAAUUUAAACGGGAGAUAAACGUACACACCCAAUUUGAACAUUUGCAAAAAAAUGUUUAUCAUUUAAUAAGUAUAAAAAAGAAAACAAAUUAAAAUGAAAAAUAAAAAACAACUUUAAAAAAGUACCUUUUUCGAAUUAGCAGUUCAAAAUUGCAUUAAUGCGUUUCACUUGAAAGAAAUAAUAAAAAAAAUAAAAACAUUAAACAUUGAUUUUAAAUACAUACAUACGUAUAAAAAAUAAUUAUUAAAUAAAUAUAAAAAUCAAAUAACAAAAUUUGUAAACAGUAUUUUUUGGCAAAAAAAAACGAAAAUAGAAAGAAAACUUGUAAAAAAUCUGCUUUUAUUAUUUUCGCCUACAUAAAUAAUUAUUAAUUUUAUUUCAAUUUAAAUCCCAAAUGAUUUUGUUUAUCGAUUAUUUAUUUGAAAAAAUAUUUGGCAUUUCGUUUGAAUUGUUUAUAUUUUAUAUACAUUACUACUUAUACAUAUAAUUAUUAAGAGUAUAUAAAAAAAUAAAUGAGAUUCAUUUUCACAAAAUCUAUAAGAAUUUAAUUAAAAAUUAUGCAUAAAACUUAACUUAAUAUAAUAUAAACACAUACAUACUUACAUACAUACAUGCAUAAAUACAUACAUUUUAACUUUUAAGAUUUAAAAUUAAAACUAAAGCUAAAAACAAACAAAAAUAUUUGAAGAAUAAUAAAAGUAAUAAUAAAGAAAACCAACUCCAUAUUCAUUAAGUUCUACUUAAAUAUGUAUGUCAAAAUAAAAAUUAAA